CCUAUGUUUUACGACAGUGGCGGGGUUUACGGUAAACAUGGCGCUGUCCUGAGGAGCGCUGUGUCGAAGUGUAGUCCUUCCUCUUCUUUUACUCAUUAAUUGAACAGAUACCACAGAUCGGAGCAGGUGAAUGGUGAGGAGGUCUUUUAAGAACAGUGUGUAAAGAGUUGUUUCAUCGGAGCUGUGUGAAGGAGGUGUCUGUGAGGAGGUGUUGUCUGUGAGAAGCAGCAUGGCGGCGCAGGCAGGAGUACCGAUCCAGGAGAAGGUCAGCAGGCUGCUCAGCAGACAGAACGGGAAGCCGGUCCUCAAACCGAACCGGGCUCUGGUUUUGAAAGACUCUGUAGCGAACCGGAAACCGAAGAAAGGAGAGGCGACCUGCGUCACUGAGAUGUCCGUCCUGAUGGUGUGCUGGAAGCAAAAUAACUUUGUGGACGGUUUGUGCUCUGACGAGACGAGGUCUUUCUACAACUGUGUGGAGAAAGCUAAGGCGAUGAUGAAGAAUAAAUCUGAACAGAACACUCUCCAGGGGGGACGACUACACCCGAAACAUGCAACGGGUCUGCUGAAGAGAUUCCCAAACCAGACCUCUGAGAUCUGACAUGCACUGAGGAAGAGCAGGAGCAAGAAUAACAGACUGUUUAUGAUGAAGAUCUACAGAUAUAAGGAGGUUAAACAGAGUCACAGUGAUAAUGAAGAGGAUCAUCAUGAAGCAGGUUACAGGUUGAGCUUCUGAUGCAAACACUGUAAUCUGUUCUGUGGUUCUCUGUGGAACAUCAGCAGACCAAACCUCAUUCAGAUCUUCAUCUUUCUGAUGUUUGGUGACACUGCAGCCUCUCUGCUCACUGCUCACAGUGUUAAUGUUGAAAUAUUAUGUGAGGUACUCUCAGUGUGUUAUACUGUUUGAAUAUGAAGUCUCUCUCUCUCUGAUAGACUCUAUAAAAUCUGACUGUGUCUCUCUGAUGUAAAUGACUCUGUAUUUUUUGAUCUAAUUAAACAGAGUGCUCUCAACAGUGAGAUGAUGUAAUUAAAGGAUUUAAUGAAGUUA